UAGAAAUGGCAGUGAUGGGGGUCAGACCUCUGGCUACUCCAGUUGCUGAUUACUUAUGAAAAGAGUGCGGCCAGCUUAGCCUGUGUUCAGGGACCCCAUGGCCUGCUCCCAACUCAAUUCCCAUGUUUCCCCUGGUGAAUUGUACCCCCCUCCUAAGCACUGUCCCUUCUUCCAGACCCUUGCUUGCCAGCUCCCUCUGCCAGGAAUACCUCCCUCCCUCACCCCCCCACCUGUGAAUCCCUGCAGGUUCCAUGGCCCGGCUUGGAUGGUGGAGCCUAGGAGAGACCUGUUUGCUUACUCUACAAGUGAAGAUACAGUGGAUGAGGUCACCAGGGCUGGAUUAAGAUAGGAACAGCCCGGAGGCAGAGAGGCGGACUAAACAGGCUUCCGGCACUCUCCUGAUCUUGCCAGGGUGGCGUGGCCUGCCCCUGCCUCUCUCCUCCCAGGCCUUCAGUAGAGCAUGUUUCCAGCUGUACCAUCUGCCUGCCAUUCCUGACUGAGCCGGGCCUUUGCACAUGCUGUUCCCUCUGGCAGAUCUGCCCAUUAGCCUUUCCUGCCCCCAUUCACCCAGUUGAACAUCCUCCACGUGUGCUUAAGAUCCACCAUCAGCCUUAUUUCCUCCAGAAAACCUUCCUUGACAAUCCUUCCGCAUCCGCAGGCCAGGUCAGCUAUGUCCCCAGGGUUCCCGGUGCUCCGAGCAUCCCUCUGUCACUGCCCUGGAUUCCGUAUUCCAGCUGCCAGUGACUUGUCCGACUCUCCCACUAGACAGAAGGUUCUGGGAAAGUAGGGAUGCUGCCUGGUUCACAGUGGGAUUCCCAGCACCCAGCACAGGGUGAGGGGCACAGUAGGUGGUCAAUCACUUUUGGGCUUUAGCCUUAAUAUUUGCUGUUUAUAGUGUUAUGACUGAAUUGUUUUCACUUCUGGGCCAAGAAAGGAAAAAGGAAUAUGUUUCAUAUUCCUAUAAUGUUCGUGAUGGGAGGGACUGUAACCGGGUGCCGUAGGUUCUUCUCUCUGUUGUUUGCAUCAGGUCCACUCUGCCCUCAAUAAGCCCCACUCCUUUCUCUGUAGCAGCCUCCUCUAGUGACAUCAAUUCUCCAAACCUCCGACCCCUCAGUACUCGUGGUUGAAACACCCCUGGUGGUUCUAUCAGCCCAGAGAUGACAUUUGUGAAGUUUCUGUAGAACUCAGUAAAGCUACCCUUCCCCUGCGCACGGGGAUUUCACAGCCUUGCAGUGCAGUCUGCGUUUUAGUUAAGGGCAAAAAAAAAAAUGUUAGACAGCUGUUCUUCAGAAUCCAAACCAUGUUCUUGUGUUCACAGGUCAUAUUUCUUGUUAAACUGGUCUGAUGUUUCCAUUUCUCCCAAGCUGCACCUCAGAAUACGCUUUGGAAGACACAUCUUCUUUUUGGAAGUUGGCGGGGCUGCUUUGUGGGCCAGGGCAGCUGGGAUCCCAAGUGAUGGUGGUUUACGCACAGGGGGAGCUGAGCCCUGUGAGACUGAUUAGCGCGGUGGAGCUGGGAGCGGCGCCUGCUGGCUGGCGGGAGUGAACACAGGAUCUCAGCGUCUCAACCUGAGAGGAAGCAUGUCUAAGAAAGGCCGGAGCAAGGGCGAGAAGCCUGAGAUGGAGGUGGACGCGGUGCAGAUGGCCAACGAGGAGCUGCGGGCCAAGUUGACCAGCGUUCAGAUCGAGUUCCAGCAGGAAAAGAGCAAGGUGGGCAAACUGCGCGAGCGGCUGCAGGAGGCCAAGCUGGAGCGCGAGCAGGAGCAGCGGCGACACACGGCCUACAUCUCGGAGCUCAGGGCCAAGCUGCACGAGGAGAAGACCAAGGAGCUGCAGGCGCUGCGCGAGGUGCUUAUCCGCCAGCACGAGCAGGAGGCAGCGCGCACGGCCAAGAUCAAGGAGGGUGAGCUGCAGCGGCUGCAGGCCACGCUGAACGUGCUGCGCGAUGGUGCAGCCGACAAGGUCAAGACGGCGCUGCUGGCCGAGGCGCGUGAAGAGGCGCGCAGGGCCUUCGACGGCGAGCGCCUGCGGCUGCAGCAGGAGAUCCUGGAGCUCAAGGCGGCACGCAAGCAGGCGGAGGAGGCACUCAGCAACUGCAUGCAGGCCGACAAGGCCAAGGCGGCCGACCUGCGCGCUGCCUACCAGGCGCACCAGGACGAGGUGCACCGCAUCAAGCGCGAGUGCGAGCGCGACAUCCGCCGGCUGAUGGAUGAGAUCAAGGGAAAAGAUCGUGUGAUUCUGGCCUUGGAGAAGGAACUCGGUGUGCAGACUGGGCAGACCCAGAAGCUGCUUCUUCAGAAAGAGGCUUUGGAUGAGCAGUUGGUUCAGGUCAGAGAGGCUGAGCGGUACCACGGUAGUCCAAAGAGAGAGCUCCCACCUGGCAUAGGGGACAUGACCGAGCUCAUGGGUGUCCAGGAUCAGCAUAUGGACGAGCGAGAUGUGCGGCGAUUUCAGCUAAAAAUUGCUGAACUGAAUUCGGUGAUACGGAAGCUGGAAGACAGAAAUACCCUCUUGGCAGACGAGAGGAAUGAACUGCUGAAACGCUCCCGUGAGACCGAGGUCCAGCUGAAGCCCCUGGUGGAGAAGAACAAGCGAAUGAACAAGAAGAACGAGGACUUGCUGCAGAGCAUCCAGAGGAUGGAGGAGAAGAUCAAGAAUCUCACGCGGGAAAACGUGGAGAUGAAAGAGAAGCUGUCGGCACAGGCGUCCCUGAAGAGGCACACUUCCUUGAAUGACCUCAGUUUGACGAGGGACGAGCAGGAAAUCGAGUUCCUGCGCCUGCAGGUGCUGGAGCAGCAGCAUGUCAUCGACGAUCUCUCGCUGGAGAGAGAACGGCUCUUGCGCUCCAGAAGACAUCGUGGGAAGGGCCUGAAGCCACCCAAGAAGCAUGUUGUGGAGACAUUUUUUGGAUUUGACGAGGAGUCUGUGGACUCGGAAACAUUGUCAGAGACGUCCUGCAACACAGACAGGACGGACAGGGCUCCGGCCACGCCCGAGGAGGACUUGGACGACACUACAACCCGAGAAGAGGCUGACCUGAGGUUCUGCCAGCUGACCAGGGAGUACCAGGCCCUGCAGCGAGCCUACGCCCUCCUUCAGGAGCAGGUGGGGGGGACGCUGGACGCCGAGCGAGAGGCCCGGACUCGGGAACAGCUCCAAGCUGAUCUGCUGAGGUGUCAGGCCAAAAUCGAAGAUCUGGAGAAGUUACUGGUUGAGAAGGGACAGGAUUCCAAAUGGGUGGAAGAGAAGCAGCUGCUCAUCAGGACAAACCAAGACCUGCUGGAAAAGAUUUACAGGCUGGAAAUGGAAGAGAACCAGCUGAAGAACGAAAUGCAAGACGCGAAGGAUCAGAAUGAGCUGUUAGAGUUCAGAGUGCUAGAGCUCGAAGUAAGAGACUCUAUCUGUUGUAAACUCUCAAACGGAGCAGACAUUCUCUUUGAGCCCAAACUGAAAUUCAUGUAAAGUCCCAGAUGUUUUCAAGCAUGUGUAAGGGGACGCGUGACACUUGCUUUCUUUUCUUUUUUUUUUUAAAUCUGUAUGUUCAGAAUAAUUUCACUGCCUUAAUAUGUUCUGGAGAGAAUGCUCACCGAAGUCUUUGGACAUGUACCAGAGCUAAUAUAUUUAUUGCCUACGGCUUGUUUUUGCACUUAAUAAAAUAAUUUGUUUUUGCAA